CGGGGGACAGAGCAGGAGGCACGCGGAGUGAGGCCACGCAUGAGCCGACACUAACCCCCCACCCCAGCCGCAAAGAGUCUACAUGUCUAGGGUCUAGACAUGUUCAGCUUUGUGGACCUCCGGCUCCUGCUCCUCUUAGCGGCCACCGCCCUCCUGACGCAUGGCCAAGAGGAAGGCGAAUACUCGCGCCAACAGGAAGACAUCCCUCAAAUCAGCUGCAUACACAAUGGCAUCAGGGUCCCUCAUGCCGAGACGUGGAAACCCGAACCCUGCCUGGUCUGUAUCUGCCACAACGGCACGGCCCUGUGCGAUGACGUGAUGUGCGAAAACGUCUUGGACUGUCCCAACCCCAAGAUCCCUGAGGGCGAGUGCUGUCCUGUCUGCCCUGAAGAACUGGUGUCACCGGACCAAGAAACCGUAGGAGUCGAGGGACCCAAGGGAGACACUGGCCCCCGAGGCCCAAGGGGACCCCCCGGCCCCCCUGGACGAGAUGGCAUCCCUGGACAACCUGGACAAGCUGGGCCUCCCGGACCCCCUGGACCUCCCGGACCCCCUGGCCUCGGAGGAAACUUUGCUCCCCAGAUGUCCUAUGGCUAUGAUGAGAAAUCAGCUGGUGUUUCCGUGCCUGGCCCCAUGGGUCCCUCUGGUCCUCGUGGUCUCCCUGGCCCCCCUGGCUCACCUGGUCCCCAAGGUUUCCAAGGCCCUCCUGGUGAACCCGGCGAGCCUGGAGCUUCAGGUCCUAUGGGUCCCCGAGGUCCCCCUGGCCCUCCUGGAAAGAACGGAGAUGAUGGGGAAGCUGGCAAGCCUGGCCGCCCUGGUGAGCGUGGGCCUCCUGGACCUCAGGGUGCUCGAGGAUUGCCUGGAACAGCUGGCCUGCCUGGAAUGAAGGGACACAGAGGUUUCAGUGGUUUAGAUGGUGCCAAGGGAGAUGCUGGUCCUGCUGGUCCCAAGGGUGAGCCUGGCAGUCCUGGUGAAAACGGAGCUCCCGGCCAGAUGGGUCCCCGUGGUCUGCCCGGUGAGAGAGGUCGCCCUGGAGCCCCCGGCCCUGCUGGUGCACGUGGAAAUGAUGGUGCUACUGGUGCAGCUGGGCCCCCUGGUCCCACCGGCCCCGCUGGUCCUCCUGGUUUUCCUGGUGCUGUUGGUGCUAAGGGUGAAGCUGGUCCACAAGGAGCCCGAGGCUCUGAAGGUCCCCAGGGUGUGCGUGGCGAGCCCGGCCCCCCUGGCCCCGCUGGUGCUGCUGGUCCUGCUGGAAACCCUGGUGCUGAUGGACAACCUGGUGCUAAAGGUGCCAAUGGCGCUCCCGGUAUUGCUGGCGCUCCUGGCUUCCCCGGUGCUCGUGGCCCCUCUGGACCCCAGGGCCCCAGCGGCGCUCCAGGUCCCAAGGGUAACAGCGGUGAACCUGGCGCUCCUGGCAACAAGGGAGACACUGGCGCCAAAGGCGAACCUGGCGCCGCUGGUGUUCAAGGACCCCCUGGCCCUGCUGGAGAAGAAGGAAAACGAGGAGCUAGAGGUGAACCUGGACCUGCUGGCCUGCCCGGACCCCCUGGCGAGCGUGGUGGACCUGGUAGCCGUGGUUUCCCUGGUGCAGAUGGCAUUGCUGGUCCCAAGGGUCCUGCUGGUGAACGUGGAUCUCCUGGCCCUGCUGGUCCCAAAGGUUCUCCUGGCGAAGCCGGUCGUCCCGGUGAGGCUGGCCUUCCUGGUGCCAAGGGUCUCACUGGAAGCCCUGGCAGCCCUGGUCCUGAUGGCAAAACCGGCCCCCCUGGUCCCGCUGGUCAAGAUGGUCGCCCCGGACCCCCAGGACCCCCUGGUGCCCGUGGACAGGCUGGUGUGAUGGGAUUCCCUGGACCUAAGGGUGCUGCUGGAGAGCCUGGCAAAGCUGGAGAACGCGGUGUGCCCGGGCCCCCUGGUGCUGUUGGUCCUGCUGGCAAAGAUGGAGAAGCUGGGGCUCAGGGACCUCCCGGCCCUGCUGGUCCCGCUGGUGAAAGAGGUGAACAAGGCCCUGCUGGCUCCCCUGGCUUCCAGGGUCUCCCUGGCCCCGCUGGUCCUCCUGGUGAAGCUGGCAAGCCUGGUGAACAGGGUGUUCCUGGAGACCUUGGUGCCCCUGGCCCCUCUGGAGCAAGAGGCGAGAGAGGUUUCCCUGGUGAGCGUGGUGUGCAGGGUCCCCCAGGUCCUGCUGGUCCCCGUGGAUCCAACGGUGCUCCCGGCAAUGAUGGUGCCAAGGGUGAUACUGGUGCUCCCGGAGCUCCUGGUAGCCAAGGUGCCCCUGGUCUUCAGGGAAUGCCCGGCGAACGUGGUGCAGCUGGUCUUCCAGGCCCUAAGGGUGACAGAGGUGAUGCUGGUCCCAAAGGCGCUGAUGGUUCUCCUGGUAAAGAUGGUGUCCGUGGUCUGACUGGUCCCAUUGGUCCUCCUGGCCCUGCUGGUGCCCCUGGUGACAAGGGUGAGACUGGUCCCAGUGGCCCUGCUGGUCCCACUGGAGCCCGUGGUGCCCCCGGAGACCGUGGUGAGCCUGGUCCUCCUGGCCCUGCUGGCUUCGCUGGUCCCCCUGGUGCUGAUGGCCAACCUGGUGCAAAGGGCGAACCAGGUGAUGCCGGUGCUAAAGGCGACGCUGGUCCUCCCGGCCCUGCCGGACCCGCUGGGCCCCCCGGCCCCAUUGGUAACGUUGGUGCUCCUGGACCCAAAGGUGCUCGUGGCAGCGCUGGUCCCCCUGGUGCUACUGGUUUCCCUGGUGCUGCUGGCCGCGUUGGUCCCCCCGGCCCCUCUGGAAAUGCUGGUCCCCCCGGUCCUCCUGGCCCUGUUGGCAAAGAAGGUGGCAAAGGGCCUCGUGGUGAGACUGGCCCCGCUGGACGGCCUGGCGAAGUCGGUCCCCCUGGUCCUCCUGGUCCUGCUGGCGAGAAAGGAUCCCCUGGUGCUGAUGGGCCUGCUGGCUCUCCUGGCACACCCGGACCUCAGGGUAUUGCUGGACAGCGUGGUGUGGUCGGCCUGCCUGGUCAGAGAGGAGAAAGAGGCUUCCCUGGUCUUCCUGGCCCCUCCGGCGAGCCCGGCAAACAAGGUCCUUCUGGAGCAAGUGGUGAACGUGGUCCCCCUGGUCCCAUGGGCCCCCCUGGAUUGGCUGGCCCCCCUGGUGAAUCUGGACGUGAGGGAUCCCCUGGUGCUGAAGGCUCCCCUGGACGAGAUGGCUCUCCUGGCCCCAAGGGUGACCGUGGUGAGACUGGCCCUGCUGGACCCCCUGGUGCCCCUGGUGCUCCUGGUGCCCCUGGCCCUGUCGGACCUGCUGGCAAGAGUGGCGAUCGUGGUGAGACUGGUCCUGCCGGUCCUGCCGGUCCCAUCGGCCCCGCUGGUGCCCGUGGCCCCGCUGGACCCCAAGGCCCCCGUGGUGACAAGGGUGAGACAGGCGAACAGGGAGACAGAGGCAUAAAGGGUCACCGUGGUCUCUCCGGUCUCCAGGGUCCUCCUGGUCCUCCUGGCUCUCCUGGUGAACAAGGUCCCUCUGGAUCGUCUGGUCCUGCUGGUCCCCGGGGUCCCCCUGGCUCUGCUGGUGCCGCUGGCAAAGAUGGACUCAACGGUCUCCCCGGUCCCAUUGGUCCCCCUGGUCCUCGCGGUCGCACUGGGGAUGCCGGCCCUGCUGGUCCCCCUGGCCCUCCUGGCCCUCCUGGUCCCCCUGGUCCUCCCAGUGGAGGUUUUGACUUCAGCUUCAUGCCUCAGCCACCUCAAGAGAAGGCUGACUCCGGCCGCUACUACAGGGCUGAUGAUGCCAAUGUGGUCCGCGACCGUGACCUCGAGGUGGACACCACCCUCAAGAGCCUGAGCCAGCAGAUUGAGAACAUCCGCAGCCCUGAAGGCAGCCGCAAGAACCCUGCCCGCACCUGCCGUGACCUUAAGAUGUGCCACUCUGACUGGAAGAGCGGAGAGUACUGGAUUGAUCCCAACCAAGGCUGCAACCUGGACGCCAUCAAGGUUUUCUGCAACAUGGAGACUGGUCAGACCUGCAUCUACCCCACUCAGCCCACCGUGGCCCAGAAGAACUGGUACAUUAGCAAGAACCCCAAGGACCAGAAGCACGUCUGGUUUGGCGAGAGCAUGAACGGUGGAUUCCAAUUUGAGUAUGGCAGCGAAGGCUCCGACCCUGCCGACGUGGCCAUCCAGCUGACCUUCCUGCGCCUGAUGUCCACGGAAGCCUCCCAGAACAUCACCUACCACUGCAAGAACAGCGUGGCCUACAUGGACCAGAAAACCGGCAACCUCAAGAAGUCGCUGCUCCUGCAGGGCUCCAACGAGAUCGAGCUCCGGGGCGAGGGCAACAGCCGUUUCACCUACAGCACCCUCGAGGACGGCUGCACGAGUCACACCGGAACCUGGGGCAAGACAGUCAUCGAAUACAAAACCACCAAGACCUCCCGCCUGCCCAUCAUCGAUGUGGCCCCCUUGGACAUUGGUGCCCCAGACCAGGAAUUUGGAAUCGACGUUGGCCCUGCCUGCUUCGUGUAAACUCCCUCUACCCCGAUCUGGUUCCCUCCCACCCAGCCCACGUUCCCCCUACCCUGGAAACAGACAAACAACCCACACUGAAUCCUCCAAAAAGCCAAAAAAUGGGAGACAAUUUCACAUGGACUUUGGAAAACAUUUUUUUCUUUUGCAUUCAUCUCUCAAACUUAGUUUUUAACCUUUGACCAACUGAACAUGACCAAAAACCAAAAGUGCAUUCAACCUUACCAAAAAGAAAAAAAAAAAAAAAAGAAUAAAUAAAUGACUUUUUAAAAAAAAAAGGAAGCUUGGUCCACUUGCUUGAAGACCCAUGUAGGGGUAAGUCCUUUUCUGCCCACUGGGUUUAUGAUACCCCAAAUGCUGCCCUUUCUGUUCCUUUCUCCACCCCCUCUUGGGGCCUCUCCUCCAUUGCUCCCCGAAUCUAAGUCUCCUCAAAAGACACAGGAAACAAUGCAUUGUCUGCCCAGCAACCAAAGACAGUGCUGAGACAUCUAACUGACCUACCAACUCCCAGUCCACCUCCCCCUAUGCAGCGCCCCCCCCCCCAAGUCCUGGGGGGAUCUGGGGCUCUUAGACCGCAGAAGGAGCCUGGCCAGCCUGCAUUUCCAUGGCCUCUGCAGCACACACCACCACUUCGUUUUUCAAGGGGCCUUGCUGGGGAAGCCACCUGCCCCUCAUGGGGUUUGGAGUCAGGCAGAUCACAGCAGAGUGGAAACAUCGGAUUGGGGAAAGCCUGCUGGAGGCCCACGCAUGCGCAGUCUGGGUGGGAGAGACUGUUCUGUUCCUUGUGCAAUUAUGUUGCUGAAAGACUACCUCGUUCUUGUCUUUGUGUCACCGGGGCAACUGUGUGGGGGUGGGAAUGGGGGCAGAGUGGCAGUGGCGCCCCAUUUGGUAUCAAAGGUGCUACAUCUCUGUGAUGGGGUGGGGUGGGGAAGGAAUCUCUGGUGCUAUAGAAGUUGAGAUGCCCCCCUGGGCCAAAUGUUCCUUUUGUUCAAAGUCUUUUUUUAUUCUUUGGUUUUUUUUUUUCCUUUUUUUUUUUUUAUGGAUGGGGACUUGUGAAUUUUUUUUUUCUAACGGUGCUAUUUAACAUGGAGGAAGAGUGUGACAGCUCCAACCUGCUCACUCUCCAUCCUCUCUCCACCCCUCUGGCUCCUGAGCCUGUCGCUCUCUGACCUCUCUCCUCUGAAACCCUCCCUCCUGCCGCUACAUCACACCCUCCGCCUCUCUUCUGUCUGUCCUACAUCUGGGUUUCAGAGCACCACUUCCCAAAGCACAAAGCAGUUUUUCCCCAUGGGAUGGGAGGAAGCAAGAGACUCUGUACCUAUUUUGUAUGUGUAUAAUAAUUUGAGAUGUUUUUAAUUAUUUUGAUUGCUGGAAUAAAGCAUGUGGAAAUGACCCAA